GUCAUGGCACGGUGCCCCGUCCAUGUUUGGAGGAGAAGUUUUGUCGACAAACUCUAGACAUCGUAGGUGAGGGAACAAGUAGGGCUGAGACGAUAAAAGAUUUAAUAUUUUUAGUUUGCCGCAGGACCUGUCACAUCAACUAAACGUUAGUUACUGUUUUAUUGAAGCUGCCACCAUCAAUAUCAAGUUAACGUUGCCCAAAAAACCCGUUAACGACCACAGCGAGCGGUUCUAGAUUUACGUCCCACUCACGUUCGAAUUAAGGGCUAAUUACGGCGUCGUUCAUUAGCCCUGCUUCGCCUGGAGGGGCUUUGGUUGGCUUUCGCUUGACGAAAUCAAUAUACAGGCACCAAAUUCUUCGGAGGGACUCGCAUCUUUCGCCCCGUAGUCUCGUAUGAACCGUAUCGAGGCAGCGACGAGGGGUCGGGGGCUCCGCCAGAAGAGCCCGGCUUCAGGAUGAGGAUGCCGCGGGGAGGACGCCUGUUCCUGGCGACGUGCCUCGGCUCGCUCUUCGUUCUUGUGCUUUACUUUCAGAGCAUCACCAAACCAGAACCUAGUUUGAAGACUGGUAGCGGACCAAGGAAAAGCAGAAGUCCGCUGCAGACCCUCUACAAUGGAGACCAACAGCUGGAGCUGUUGGCAGCUCAGAGGUCCCUCCAAGGCCGCAGGGAGCUGCUGGAGCAAGCGUGUCUGAGCCACACGAGGAAGCGUCGGGUGCUUUCGCCUGAGGAUCUCAAACACCUCAUUGUGGAUGACAAACACAGCCUUAUUUACUGCUACGUACCCAAGGUAGCCUGCACCAACUGGAAGCGUGUCCUCAUGGUCCUCACCAGUGAUGGCCGCUACACCGACCCCCUUGCCAUCCCUGCCAAUGAGGCCCAUGUCGCAGGUAACCUCCGCACUCUUUCAGAGUUUUCAGUCCCAGAGAUCAACAAACGCCUCCGCAGCUACCUCAAGUUCAUCUUUGUGCGGGAGCCUUUUGAGCGCCUGGUGUCAGCCUAUAGGAACAAAUUCACGCGUAGCUACAACACCGCGUUCCACAAGCGCUACGGAACCAAGAUCAUCCGUCGGCAUCGACCUGACCCCGAUCCUGAAGCGCUGGAGCAAGGGAACGACGUGUCUUUCAACGAGUUUGUUCAGUAUCUCGUGGACCCUCGGACACAACGGGAGGAACCUUUCAAUGAGCACUGGGAGCGGGUGCACUCCCUCUGUCAUCCCUGUGCGAUCCACUAUGAUGUAGUGGGGAAGUACGAGACUCUGGAGCCUGAUGCUCAAGCUGUGCUCAGGUUAGCCGGAGUGGAGGACACUCUUCAAUUUCCAACGUCUGGCAAGAGCACCAGGACUGAUGGCAACAUGGCAGCACGCUUCUUUAAGCACAUCAGCCCUUUCUAUCAGAAGAAACUGUUCAACCUGUAUCGAUUGGACUUCUUGCUCUUCAACUACUCCACACCAGAGUAUCUCAGGACUCGAUGAGUAGCGGAGAGGAGUGGGCUGACAUCAAUUUUAAGUCGACUUUACAAUUUUGCACUCUUUGGUUGCUGUAGACUUUGUAUGCCUGUCCCUGCCCAUCUAUCACAAGCACACACUUGUCACUAACAAGGAGAAUGACUGAUUGGCUGGUUUCAGUGUGAGGGACUUUGUAAAAGAAACCGAAAAUCUAAAGAACACAGUGUGUGCUGUAAUCUGCCAAGUGUCUGUAACAUUUGUUGGUUUCCAUUCUGAGAACGGUACGUUGUUUUGACGUUGAACAGAACAGGAUGCAGAUUGUGCUGAUGCAGUAACCAUCAGUACAGACCAGUCUUAUUUCUAUUUAUUUCCAUUUCUCACUAAGGUCUUGCUUUGUGAAAUUAAGCAAACCUCACUUUGACUUUUAAUUUUAGGUUGCUGAGCUGGUAAACAUGCCUUGCCAGUGUCCAUGCAGUGCCCACUACAGUGAAAAUUCCCCUGUGGCUUGUUUUUUUCGUCUGAGAACUUAAUGAGCCAUAAAUAAAAGUCACACUUCAGAGGAGCAGGUUCUCUUCUCACAGGUGAAAGUGCUGACUGUGAAACUGAAGACAGCGGAUUGUGUCAAAGUACCUACAGAACAGUAUCUCUGGAAGGCCUUUAUUUAUGUCAGUGGAUAAAGUAUUUAUUAUUAUAGGAAGUGAGGAUUUGGGUUCCUGAUUUUAUGAAAAUUAAAUUUAUAUGAAAGAAUGAGGCUUUCUUCUUUCAGAGCGAAUAUUUGCUUCAUGGAAAAUUCCUUGCUGUCUCUUCUUUUGCACAUAAACUCAAGCCAAAUCGAAAAAUCUUGUGAGCAACUCUAAGCUAUCGUAUCCACCAUCUGAUCCAAAAGUACACCCAGAACUCAUCCAAGUUGUCAUAGCUCUUGUGUCUUACACAAAUAUCAGAGUUAUUCUCAGGGAAACUUGCAGUCUCUCCCUCAUUCCAGUAAAAAAACCUGUUGCCAUCUCUCAUCUAUCGCUGUCUGUAUUUAGCUCUGGGCAGGUAGGCUGAACAAACAACCACAUAGCUGUGGUUGGGGCUGGGUCCAGCCCAGCUCUGCCCCUGGUCAGAGCUCCCCUUGUUAGCUUGAAUGCAGGCGCAUGAAGGGUUAAUCCACCGACAGUCAUCUGCACUGCAGGGCCUUGUUCAGCAAAUGUGUCAGAAUUUGUGGUAAAAAAAAAAAAUUGGGGCUAGGAAAAUGCUUAUUAAUGGCCUGCACUGUCUUCUCUCUAAAGGGAAAAUCCAACAAUUUUACACAUCAAAGUCUGUUCCACUUUUAGCGGAGUACGUCUGAAUGUGUGAAAAAAGUGAGAUAAAGCUGUUUCUAGUGCAAGGUCAUUUGCUGCUACUACCGUAACAUAUCUGAAUAUCCAACCUGUAUGCCGCUGAGUUUCAUUACGUGUAAGGUGGGCGCCGAGCUUUGACGAAGAAGAAGAAUGUUGGGUGUAAAGAGGAAGAUGUCUCUGGUUGUUCCGGUUGCAUCAGUAUUUAUGCUUGUUUUCAACCCUCUGAACCCCAAACUCCUGUCACUGUUCUACUCACUGUGGAUUUAUUUUUUACUACAAUAUGAAAGUCCUACACCUCUGUGGAAGCUGCACAAGAGCUAGAAGCAGACAGGACUGUGUCUUUUAUACAUUAUGAUGUAGUUAAGUGUCACAAAUCAUAAAAAAAAUGAAAAACCACAAUGGAAAAUGUUCAUGUAUUUUUAAAUACAACCACAAGUGUUAAGAAUACUGUUAAAAUGGUGACUCUACAUACUUGAUAUUUUAUUAGUUACAUUUUGAACUUGUUUCCAAAUUUGUCUCCAUCUGCUUUGUGCAAACACAGCCUGCAGUUCAAUCAAGAGGCCUCCAGAGUUUUCUAAUGCAGCUGUUGGUCGUAGCUGAAUGACUCAUUUUUAGUUUUUUACAGAAUAUGGUCCAAAUGAGUUUUUCUUCGGCAAACCUGUAAACGAGGCUUAUAAAAUAUAAUGAUUGGAAGUUUCAAGUUUUCCAACCAAAUGGCACAUCACAGAUAAAUAGUUCAAGGAUUGUUGGAAAGUUAAAAAUCUGACAAUUCACUUUGUUUUUACAUUUUUCAUUGUAAUAAAUGGUGGUGUUUUGGUGAUGUUUUUUUGAAGACAGCAUGUGUUUUCAGCCCCUGGUGGGUGUUGGUGUUCAGAGGGUUGGACUGUGGCGCUGUAGGAACGAAAGACUGGAUCAGUGGAGUUUUAUUUCUAUAAACAAGGGCUAAUAUCCAGUAGGUUUAUAGCAUUUCACUUGGAACUGUCAGAUUUCCCUGUGUGUUUGCAAAAUCAAUAUCUUUUUGAAAAGGAGUAAACUGCUCUACCCAAUUUAUUUUUGCAUAAUUUGAAGACUCACUUGUUUCUUUACCAGUGAAUAGGAACACAUUGGAAGAAGGAAGUAGUUCAUAAUAUUGACUGGAAAUGAGUUGCCAAAAACGAACAAACAAAAAAACUAUUUCUACAGUGUUUACCAUCCUCAUUACUGCAGUGCCAACUGUCAGAAUGCGACAUCACCCGGUGAGAUCAUACACUGGCCUUUGAUGAUGUUGCCUAGCAACUUAGGCGUUUGUCCACAAUCAUCCUAAGGACUGCUAAGGACACUGCUGUGAAAGUGGAGCAGAAAACAACUUUUAGCUUAGAUAUGGGGACCACUUAUUCACAUUGGGAUUCCUUCUUUUGUAAAAGUUUGCAUUUGACGUAUGUCAUAGUGUUGCCUAGCAACAGGGACUCCACUUACAGCCCAUCAAAGGCCAGGCUAAGGAUACCAUAAAUACCAGAAAAGCAGCCGUCACUCUUCCCCCAGAUGGGUUCCCAGCAAUGAACCCCAGAAGUCUGAAUAUUAGAUGAACAGCUUUCAAGAAGAGCAAAGGACAGACGCACAGACAAUUUCAAGUUUUUUUAGUGAGAUUAUCUCAGACAUUUUUUGGGACUUUAUAAUCCAGCACAGUGUAGUAGUUAAACAGAAACAGUGUUUAAUCAAUGGCCUUAUAAUUACACCUGAAAUGUGCUAAUCGGUGCCAGUGCCACUGAAAUAAAACUUAAAUUUGACACCAAAAGUAAUAAAUCCAUCAAAUAAAUGUAUUGCAAUAUAAACUAUUUUAUUUUUUAAAAAAAAUAAUAAACAGCACAGUGUACAGACACACAUACAUUAUAUUUUAAGAGAUGGAACAGUAGCGACAGCCUACAGAUGUUACAAGCAGCAUCCAGCUCAAAUUGUUAGCUUGUGCUUCAUUCGCCUAAACAAGCCAUCGUUAACGUUGUUUGUGAAGCGUUUCUGCAGAAGGUGCAGCUCUUCACAAACAACAACAUUUCAGGAUUUGGACAUUUUGACGACAUGUUGUUAAUAUAAAGUAACAACAGAGAAGUUAGAACUCUGCACAGAUGUGUAUGUCCGUGUUUGAGCUGCAUACAUCAGUGUGAGACCGUUCGACUCAAACAGAGGAUCUACAUGACUGUGGUUCUUUUAUGUCUGCUGCUGCUCUUGUCGCUGCCACCAAACAUUUUUAUUGUCCAGUAUUUAUUGUACCUACUGAAACUGUGGUACCUGCAGCACUGUAGAGAAACAAGUACCAUCACAUGCUCAGAAUACGGCCUUUUGAUUCUCAUGACAUUGUUGCUUUUAACAUGUAACUCAGAGUUUUUUGGUCCAAAAAAGAACAGGUCAACUGAACUGAAAAAUAAGCAUAUUAUAUUCCAUAUACAGUAUUGCCCAAACCAAACACUUAUUUAUUUUGUAUUUAGUUUUAUUUAUUGACAACAUUUUCGUCAUCAGGUCAAACCCAUGUAGCAAUAAUGUAUAAUUACACUCUGUCUUAUUAUUCCCUACUGUACAUCCCCAGUUUUUUUUAAAGUCUACUCAGUCUUAUCCUCUGCUCAGGACAACUCGAGGCUACACUGUUUAUCAUGUCACAGAUGAAUUUACAGCUGGAAUUAAUGUCUACAUUUCCAUUAAAAAAGAAAUGUCCUGCAGUCAAAAUUCCAGUUUUCCUCUGAAAGUGUACCCAGUGCUGCUUGUACCUGUCAAGACAAGUUUGCAGGAGACAAUUUGAUUUCAUCUCUUCAUCUUUAAGAUCACUUUUGUAAAAUGUUUAAUUUUUGAUGAGACAUGCCCAGGCUGGUCCACUGUGCAGACAAAACAUAUGCAAUAUCAGUGUGUUAGUGUGGGGAAUGUGAUAAGAGCUGUAUCUUUAUACAUGACUUCCUUCUAGCCUGAAAUUUUGUGCCAUGUGUUUUUAUUUUUCUGUUUGCAGCCAUGGAAUACAGGGUGUUCAUUUUAAUGCUUCCCUGUGUAGCAGCGUGUAAUUUAAGCCAUAAUUUGCAAGAAGCUGUGACUUGCCAGACGCCGAUCACACCCUUUGUUUUUCCUUCCCUUCUAACUCAAUGACAUACUGCACAAAAUACAUGUUUUGCCUUAUAAUUUUGUGGAAAAUACAAAACCCAGAACAAUGAGUAUUUUCUCAUUGAAAGCGAUUCGACAUACUAAACAUUCAUCUCAGAUGCCCAGACAUUGCUGUGUAGGAUGCAGCUAGCCACAGAUCUUCAACCGUUUUCUGUAGAAAUGUUCCUUUGGCAAUAUCUGUGGCUUGACGAGUCAUUGUGAAAUAGUGAACAGAGCACAAUCUGAAAGGAUCUCUAAUGCACUUGUGCCACAAAACUGUGAAUGUGAUGAUGAUUGACUGGUUACCUUGAAGUUCCAAUGAAUACAGACUUCCAACAGCA